AUGAUAUUAAAGAAAACAAAAUUUAUAGAACUAAAAGAUUUUUUAAAUUCUUCACCAUCAUCUCAUUCAUAUCUGGAUAUUGAUUUAAGCUACAGUAAUAUCAGUGAAUAGGAUGUAUCAGCAUUAGGUUUGGCUUUAUUAAAUUACACUAAUCUUUCAAAUUUGGUACUUUAACUCGUCUAUAAUUAAAUUGGUCCACAUGGUGCAUAAACCAUAGGCAUUGCUCUAGCAAAAUGUACUAGCCUUUCAAAUUUGGAACUUUAUCUAGAACGAAAUUAAAUUGGUGAUGAGGGCACACUACACUUAUGCUCAGCUCUAGCAAACUGCAGUAAUCUCUUAAAACUGAAACUCUCUCUUGAUGAAAAUGAAAUUGUUGGUGAAGGUUUAUCAGGUUUAUGCUCGGUUCUUGCAAACAACACUAAUCUGUUAAAUUUGGAACUCUCUCUAGAUGAAAAUUAAAUUGUUGAUUAAGGUUUAUCAUACUUAUGCUCAGCUCUAGCAAACUGUACUAAACUUUUAAAGUUAUAACUCUCUCUUAAAUAAAAUUUAAUUGGUGAUAUUGGUCUAUAAGGCUUAAGUUUUGUCUUUGAAAAAUGCACUAAUCUCUAAAAUUUAAUACUUUAUCUCAAUCAAAAUGAAAUUUGUGAUGAGGGAGCUUCAGCCUUAGGUUCUGCUUUAGGAAAAUGCAAUAAAAUAUAAAAUUUGUAACUUUUUCUUGAAUCCAAUUAAAUUUGCGAUGAGGGUGCAAUAAACUUAGGUUCUGGUUUGGCAAAAUGCUGCAAUAUCUAAAAUUUAACACUCAAUCUAAGCUAUAAUUAAAUUGAAUAUGAAGGCCCAUCAGGUUUAGGUUCUGGUUUGGCAAAAUGCUACAAUAUGUAGAAUUUAACACUCAAUCUAAGUGGAAAUUUGAUUGGAGAUGAAGGUGUAUCAUUAUUAGGUUCUGCUUUAAAAAAUUGCACUAAUCUCUGUAAUUUCAAACUUAAUAUCUCUAGUAUUUAAUUUGGGGAAUAGGGUGGUUUAGGCUUAGGUUCUGGUUUAGCAAAUUGCAUUAAUCUCAAAGAUUUGGAACUUAAUCUUCGAUUGUGCUAUAUUGGUGACGAGGGUGCUUCAGCAUUAUGUUCCAGUAUGGCAAAGUGCUCUAACAUAUCAACCUUAUUACUUGAUCUUUCAUAUAAUAAAAUUGGUGCAUAAGGAGCAUCAGGAUUAGGUCAUAUAGCAAGUUGCACUUAAAAAUUGAUACUUUAUCUUUCUGGUAAUUAAAUUGAUGCAUAAGGUGCAUCAAACUUAUUUCCUGAUUUGAAAAAGUACACUAAUCUUUUAGAGUUGAAUCUUGAUCUUUCGGAUAAUUAGAUUGGCGAUCAGGGUACAUAAGGCUUAGGUUCUGCUCUAGCAAACUGCAGUAGCAUAACAAAAAUAAAUAUUUUUUUAAGGAAUAGUUAAAUUGGUGGAUAAUGUGCAUCUGCACUGGGUUUUGGUUUAGGAAGUUGCAUUAAUCUCUAAAAUUUAUAUCUCCAAUUUUUUUAGAACUAAAUUGAUGAUUAGGGUGCAGCAAGCUUAGGUUCUAGUUUAGCAAAUUGUAUUAAUCUCUCAAUAUUGGGUCUUGAUCUUAGAAAAAAUUAAAUUUUCAGUGCAGGUUUAUCAGGCUUAGGCUUAGGCUUAGUUAAGUGUGUAAAAUUAUCAAAAUUGACAAUAAAUCUAAGAUAUAGUUUAAUUAAUGAUGAUGGUGCGUUAGCCUUGGCUUCUGCUUUUGCAAGUGACAAUAAAAUAAAGAUUUUAAACAUUUUUAUGGAUCAUAAUGAUAUCAGUGAUCCACUAAAAUUGAAAAUAAAGAAUAAAUAUCUUAAAUCAAAAAGAUUAAUUGACGAAAAUAUAAUUUUGUGA